CAGACUGGAUAAUGUCCACUUUUGUCUGGGACAUUCAGGCUUCAAUAUCCUAUAAUUGAUAGGACAUUGAAAGUGCAAUCAUGGAGAGCGCAUCAAGAAAUAUACGCCGCAAGGCGUUACAAAAGAUUGCUGCUCUCUCUGCAACCUCGUGCUCAACAACAUUCGAUAGCUCAGAUCUUGAGAGGUUGUGCAGAGGCUGCUCGAACGAUGGUAGGGCCAAGUCGAAAUCGAACGGGUACGGGAAAGGGGACUCUAUGUCAAAGGCAACUUCACCUAUGAACAUCAGAGAGUUUGAGGUCCUUCUGGCCCUCUGCAAAGCUGCUCCUUUGUUGCAGACUGCUCACAGUGCCGAAAAGCUGGUGGGGCAAUUAUCACCUUAUAUACUCGAAGCCCACACGCAGUCCUUCGUGCCUUCGCCUUUCUUCCGUGAAAUCGAACCUUCGCCCAUCGAAUCACUCAGUUAUCAUCUCACGACUGCGCUUCUUUCACUGGGUAUAUACCAUGACUUUCUGCGAGAUGUUGUCUCCCAAAGACUCUGGACCUAUCUGGAACAUUGCUCCCAUGCUGCAGAGGCGAUGUCCUCGCCCUCAGGCGUCAUUGUAGAAAAUGGGAGUUCGGGCGAAGUGGAAGACGCUAUCCAUGUUGCCACCAUCACGAUAUCGCUUCUAGGCUUUCUGGACGCUGCUGCUACAUAUGCCAAUUUCUGGAGCGCCCCAGAGCGACUCUCGCUGAUUGAGCGAGUCAAGGCUAUAUUCUCCGAACGAUUUCUGGUUGCUGUUGAGACAGCGUUUUCCACGAUACGUAAUUCCCACUUCCAAAACAACCAUGUGAAAGAAUGGAAACGUUAUUCCCGGCAUUAUGCAGCUAUUGGACGCCCUCUUGGUGCUAUGCUUCUGCAAAGGAGCUAUAUGUGGCUUUUGGUUGCUGGAUCUUCGCUUCUCGUUGCCGAUAUUUCUGUACUCAGGGGAAGCGACAUUCUAGACUUGCUUAUGUCCGGUACUGGAAUCACAAGACCUUCUUCGAGCCACGGAGAGGUAGACUUUGCAACUAUUGAGACAAUGGCUGAUAUUGCUGCUGAUGAGAUGAGUCUGCUUGAAGAUGGCGCUGAUUAUCUGCGCCUCGGAUCAGCCUGGCAGCAACGACUUGCAUUCUCGGUGAAAGCGGGUGCACUGACAAGUUAUUUGAAUUGUGCUCUGCUUAACGAAGACGCUGCUGAUGCAGAUGUGUUAAUGACCUGGCUUGAAGAUACUCUUGCGGACUCGGUGCAAAUGGCUGACGAAACACUUGCCAGUGUGGUGCUGAGGUCAAUGGCUCUGAUAUCAAAACUGUCACCUGGCUUUGCACCUAACGUCAGCCGGUUAUUACCCCGAUUCAUCGUGCAAGGCGGACCACGAGGCCAGACUGUGUGCAUUGCAUCAAGUUGCUUGGCAUACGUCCUGCAAAUCUUGUCUCAAGAUGCUGUCAUUACCACACUUUACACGCUUGGAAACGUCCUCAGCUCCGGCGUGGCAAGUGCAGAGAGAGCUCUUGCAGGCGGCAUUACUGGCGACUUACUUGGCGUGGACGGGAGUGCGAAUUCCGCCUUUUACACUGGCAAGCAUUCCACUGGUAGUUCCAUCUCUCUUACAAUUACCGGGGAGGAGGAGACGUCUGUCGUGUAUGGAAAUGUGGUGCAAGCCAUUUGUGGUAUUGCAAAGAGUUGCAAUGACCCAAAAAUCACAGCCUUGGCCCAGUCAAUGCUUCUCCAAAAGAUUGAUAAAGUCAGCAGAUCUAUUGAUGCUCGAAUAAUCACGGAGACGACAGAAUUGGCUCUGAGUGGAGGACCACUCGAAUUCCGUUCAUUGCUCAAGUUAUAUGCUCGCAUCAGUGAGGAGGGUGUUAUGAAGAAUAACGAAAUAUUAUUGGCCGCAGUGAUGAAAGGUCGAGACUACCUGUCGACAACAUUGCACAAAGAGUCACCUCUAUACGAUAUCUACUUCGAGCAUUUGCUGGAAACUAUCAUCAGCAAAGGAGAUGUGCACCAAGCGCAAAACAAUCGAGAAGCCGACGUUGAAGUCGCUGCUCGUGAGAUUGCCCAGCUCUUGCAGCCGCUCGCUCUGUUAAUGUCGAGCAACGAUCUUACUUCGGAUGAUGAUUUGAGCGAGGAAACGCUUUCUCUUAUUCGAGACGCCUGGUUCAAUAUCGUCGUUCAUGGUUUCGCCACGAAUACCGAGCGUGGCGGACGGUAUUUGAAAGAACUGCGUCUGAUGGCGAUACAUUCAAAGCCACUUGUAGCAGAGCAGAGAGGUGAGCAAGUGGAGAGUGAUAUUGAGCUGAACACAGUCCUUCGCCGUGGCAUGAGUUCAGAGCAUGAGUUGGCGCAGAAGAAGCGACUCUCCCUUCUCUUGCCCUCAAAGUCCUCCCAGAUUUAUAAGUUAAGCUACCGCAAGGUCAUUUUCCUUCAAGCAGCCUAUCUCGUGGAAACCUUACGGGCCGAUUCGGGAGAUUGUACCAAGGCUUUGACAUACUUCCUCGAGCCUAGCAUGCGCAGGGGUGAGAUGAGCACCACCAUGGAAUCGAUCACAGAGGGUGUCAUGGACGCCUACUUGCGUAAGACUUUGACUGGAACGAACCCGUCCUUUUCAGCUCCGUAUGUUGCAAAGCAACUGGCACUGAUUUUCAGUGGAUGUUGUUUUCGUAUCGAAAGGGUUCAACAAGCAGCAAUGCUUUGUGCUGAUCGGAUAAUACAUGAUGUGCCGUCCGCACUCUGCCAAACAUCAUCCCUCUUCGCUCUCCUUGAGCUGUUGACUCUGAUGUGGAGCAGUUGCCUGGAAGCUGAGACAGAUGAAUAUGAGUGGAGAUCAUCGUUCGUUUCCACAAGAGGCAAAGUCUCCGUUCAGCUGUCCGACGAUUACAGUCUCCGUCGGCGUACCCUGAACAACCUGUACAAGAAAGCCAAAGGAUGGGUCACAACUGUGAUAGAUAUUGCACCAUUGGAUGUCAAAGGACUUCUCCAAACAUAUCUCUCGGAAUACGACGAUGAUGGUGCGUACGGCCACAUCUCUCUGGGCAGAUCAUUUGCAACUGAGAUGGGUGCACUUAUUCCGAGCACGGAUCAGAGACUUGGUGCAAUAGAUCGCCACGGAGACUGCAAUAUAAACACGGCUUCGGAUUUCGUCGCUCAGUACACAACUCGACAGGAGUAUCGUUACGCGGAAGCUCUUCCGGACCAGGAUGCAGAGUGGCUACACUUUAUGCAACUCGAUCCUCGUCGUGGAUCCAUUGCGUCGAAACCCGAAAAAGACUACGAAGAUGCAAACACGGUUCUGGCACACUUAGAAGCCCGGACCCUGAAGCACAAAUAUAUUCCCAUUGGAGAGCUUCGUGACAUCCUGAGAAGAGCUGCAGCUUUACUCUGUCGAACGAAGAAGGACGAAUGUGGCAUUGUGCAUCAUUUGGUUGGCAUUCCGUUUGCCAUUUUCACGAAACAGUCUAUAAAGCUGGGGAUCUCUCUUUGGCUCGGAGUAAUCAACGAGAACCCACGAAUGGAGCCUCGAAUUAUCAUGGAAGUUGUUCAACAGUGGGAGGCUACAAUUCAACGCCGACUGGGCGUCUUUAGUUCGCGAUUCCAACACCCUGACCCUUUCUACGUCAAGGAAGAGUUUGCUCCCAGCGACAAAGCCGCACUGUUAAAGCGACAACAAACGGCCCAUAACCUCCUGGCGCCUCACAUGCGCCUGCUGCAGUUUCUUGGAAGUCAUUUCAAUGCUACUCGCCUCGGAAGCCCCCAUACGGAGAAGGUUUUCAUCCGACUUUUGACUGCAACACUCGAUGGCUUGAAACACUCAACUGGUCACCCACUGGCUCGAGAGAUCAGAUUUCAGAUUGUCUUUUUCGGCUUGAGAGUCCUGAGACACAGCAUUGGUAUUGAAUUCGGUACCAGGUGCCAAUUAAAAGAUAGACUUCUCUCCUCAGCUCUGAGCUGGUUCUCGUUCCCUCCACAGUGGUCUUUCGGUGGUAAUCGACUCCAACUUAAAGCCGAGACUCGGUUGCUAGCGGAUGUAUCGACAGCUCUUCACAAUGUGCAGAUGAGUGCAGACAAAUCUGUACCUCUGCUGAAAACGAUGCAAGCAAAAGAGAGGUUACUUCAAGUACUGAUACAAAGCGAGAUAUCGAGAUUGGCUGUCUGGCUUUAUCCUGUAAAUAACCCUCAAGAGGGCUAUUUGUCCAAUCUCGGAGCAAAAGGGGCAGCCGAGGCUGCUCUCAUCGGACUCAUGAGAACGGCAUGGACGGUAAGCCCGUCUUUAGCCAUACAGCUAGUAACUAGGUUUCCUUCAGCACAGCUCCACAAGGAAGUUCGAUGGCUCUUACUAAAUUUUCCCGACAAAGCGAUCUCCGAGCCCGAGGCUAUCCAGGUGUUGCUUGGAGAAACCUUACCCAGUGAUGUCUCAUUCCAGCUAAAGUAUCUUUUGUAUUGGGCUCCUGUAAACCCAAUCAGUGCGGUGACUUACUUUCUCCCUGCCUAUCGAAACCACCCCUUUAUUCUUCAAUAUGCUAUGCGAGCUCUGGAAAGUCAUUCCGUCGAUGUAACUUUCUUCUACGUCCCUCAAAUCGUGCAGACCUUGCGUUACGAUGCUCUAGGCUACGUGGAGAGAUAUAUCGUAGAGACUGCCCAGUUUUCUCAGCUUUUUGCUCAUCAAAUCAUUUGGAACAUGAAAGCAAAUGCGUACAAGGACGAUGAGGCUCAAAUUCCCGAUACUAUCAAGCCCACACUUGAUAAAGUCAUGAAUCGCAUGAUAGCGGCAUUCUCUGCAGUAGACAGAGCCUUCUACGAGCGCGAGUUCUCAUUCUUUGACGAGGUCACCAACAUCUCAGGGAAACUCAAGCCAUACAUCAAGAGUCCGAAGCCCGAGAAGAAGCAGAAGAUCGAGGAAGAACUGCGAAAGAUCAAAGUCGAGGUUGGGGUCUAUUUGCCCAGCAACCCCGAUGGAGUGGUUAUUGGCAUUGAUCGGAAAUCUGGGAAACCACUUCAGAGUCAUGCUAAAGCACCGUACAUGGCAACUUUCCGAAUCAAGAAGAAUAAAGGCGACAUAGAAGGUACCGAUGAAACGCUCGAGACAAAUGCAAAUGGGAGCGUGCCACAAGACAGCUCAAUUGAGGUUUGGCAGUCCGCCAUCUUCAAGGUCGGUGAUGACUGUCGUCAAGACGUCUUAGCACUCCAGAUGAUAUCAGCGUUCCGAGGCAUUUUCAACAACGUUGGACUGGACGUUUACGUUUUCCCAUACCGAGUCACAGCGACUGCCCCAGGGUGUGGAGUAAUUGAUGUUCUCCCAAACUCCAUUUCCCGUGAUAUGGUAGGACGAGAAGCUGUCAAUGGGCUUUAUGACUAUUUCAUCUCGAAAUACGGCAAUGAGGACUCGUUACAAUUCCAAGAGGCACGGAGUAACUUCGUCAAGAGCAUGGCUGCUUAUUCUGUCAUCUCGUUCUUGCUCCAGUUCAAGGAUCGCCACAACGGUAACAUUAUGAUUGAUGAUGCUGGGCACAUUCUACACAUCGACUUCGGUUUUUGCUUUGACAUUGCUCCUGGGGGAGUCAAAUUUGAAAGGGCUCCAUUUAAGCUCACAUCAGAGAUGAUGGCUGUGAUGGGUAAGAGCACAGAACACCAGGCGUUCAAAUGGUUUGAGGAGCUCUGUGUCAAAGCUUUUUUGGCCUCUCGGCAAUACACGGAAAAGCUUUCUCAGCUUGUUUUGCUAAUGAUGGAUUCUGGCUUACCUUGUUUUAAGCCGGAAACGGUCAAGCACUUUAAGGAACGUUUUGUGCUGGAGAAGACUGAGAGGGAGGCUGCUGAGUUCAUGAAGACCCUCAUCAAGAGGAGUUACUCGAGCUACAGCACAGGAGUCUACGACCAGUUCCAACUGUUGACGAAUGGCAUUCCAUAUUAGGUAGCUUACAUUUUACGUGAAUGAUAUACUAUGAAUGAUAGAACUAUGUCUUUGCGUUGCAAUAUGGAAACACUUCCUGUCUAGACUUCUACUCGUGUUUGCCAUUAAUUGUC